GCCUUGAACGGAACUAAAUUGUAUGUCCUUCCCUCUUCCAAAUCCCGUGUUUCCAAAUAUCCGAGCUGCCCCCGCCUCUCCGCCUUGGGCGCGUCACUCACGAAGCGCCGUUGUCUGCGCAGCGACACCGAGUCGAGCUCGGGGCCCAAGUCGGCUGGAUGGCCGGCCGACUGGCCGCUGCCGGCGCCCGUCUGGUCGCCGCCGCCGCCGCCCGUCUCGUUCGGCAGCGCCGCCUCGCUGGCUGCCUUCACCAGCGAGCUGGACCAGCUGCUGGCCGCCAACCUGGCGCGCCACAGCUACGACUGCCUGAACGUGUUCCUGUGCUUCCACCGAGCACACCGCAGCUGGGCAACGGCCGGCGCGGCGGGCACGUUCGACGCGUGGCGGCGUCGGUUCGCCGUGCUGCCAACCGAAGACCACCUGACCUGCGUCGGCCUCUCCACGGACCUGCUGCGCCGAGUGGCGGCGCGCAGUGACACGGUCGCCUCCCACUUCUACCUGGCCUCCAUGGAAGAGGACGUGGGCGACGCAGACGAGUACGUGUCGCACGGCCGCCCGCCUGACAGGAACGAGAACGACCACUGCCUGGUGGCCUGCCAGCUGCGCCUGGCCGGCCGGCGCGGCGUGCUGCUGCUCGACUCGGGCUGUCACGUGCCGCGCGUCGUGGUCGUGAUGGCCGACGGCCUGGCACCACACACCGGUCCCUUCGUCAUGGACAGCCUGUCGGGCCACCUGACCUACGAGUACCAGCUCUCGCGUAACAACAAGUUUGUCAUCAACACAGCGCGCAAGACGUCGCCGACCGGCAUUACCUCCAUCAAGCGCAGCUGCAUCUUCGUGGCCGGCCGCUUCGAGAACCCAUACGCCUUCGCGGAAUACCGCAACAUCUUCCACACGCUGCGCUCGCUGAUCCGGCGCGCGGAGGACGGCCGGCUGCUCAGCGGGCUGUACUUCCCUCUGCGGCAGCCGGAGGACGCCGCCAUCACCGUGUUCUGGCACACGGCGUCCGGCCAGAGGCAGAAGAUGCGGCUGCCGCUGGCGGUGCUGGCUGCUGGCCGGCUCAGCGAGCCGCAGCAACAGGCGCUGCAGGAGACGGGCCGACAGCUGAUGGUGCCGCUGCCGCAGUGGGAGCGGCUGUUGCAGGAGGUGGUGGACGUGCUCAGCGACCGCGUCUUCAUCCAGAACGUGGUGGACGUGAACGAAGAGAUCCUGCUGCUGUCUAGCGACAACUAGCCGGCUGGCCACGUCCCAGUCUCGAUGCGAGCAGUCACCGCAGGGAGCAGUGAUUUCUACAGGCAGCCGCGAAGGUCAUCAGCGGGCGCCACGUCAAGUUUGAUGGUUUUUGGCUUACCAGCAUUUGUUGUGGUUUCCGGUGUUGGGCCUCACUGUCUUUUUACUUAAUCUCCUUUCAACUUCCUGGUUAGCACGGCUAGUGAGCAAGGUUAGUCUCCCAUGGGUAUUUUGAUUUGUUUAGUGAUAUAUUUGCAAAUAUCAGUAGCCACGCUACAGCAUCUUUCGCACGAUAUCUGGAUUAUCGCUUUAUUAACGCAAUUUAUCGCUUAUUCAAAUAUAUAUCUACCAGACAGUUCUUUGUUCCUCGGCGGGGAAGGUGCUAGCCAGACUACGCGUCAAGCAUGCGGUCAGCAUGAGUGUAGCAAGGAGAACCCUCGUAAAGCCGGGGUGAGCACUCACUGGUGAUAACAUACUUGAGCCAUAUAUCUGUAUGGAAGGAGUGGAUCCAGAGGGCGAGGAGAGGGAAGCACGUGGCAAUGGCCCUCCCCUUAUGCUCCGGAGAGGCCCAUAGCGGGCCGAACAGACACAGUUUUUUUGUUUACAAAACGCAGCAAAAUUAGACGUCCUUGGGCCUCCAGACGACCGCGAACAGUCGCAAGCAAAAGAUAUGGGCCGCGAGCAGACAAAAAAGUUAUUCGCUGAUUAAAGAUAAUAUCCCGCAUAUGAAGAUAUUGAAGCAGGCACCACAUAUGAUGAAACAAGCUAGCUUAUAACAAUUGGCUCACUUCCGAGUGGAAAAGACUGCUCUAGAUCACGCAAUUUCUCUAUUUAGUGGAUAUGCUCCCCAAUACGUCAUUGUUUGAUUGCGUCAUCGUACCUUGCAUAACAUUGAUUGAGAGCCACUUGACGGCUUGACGACUGAGAGCCACCUGACGGUAUCUGGAAGCCGCGCCCACGAACGCCAGAUACGAACGACUAGACGCUUCUAAUUUGUUUCUCCUUGAUCGCUGCAUGGCCAAUGUAAUUACAGGAUAUGAAUGACGUUAUAAUUUCGCCACGGAUGCCUAGGUGACAUCAAAGUAGUUCGCACAAAAUAGCCUGCACAUCUUCGCGGUGUGUAGCUCAGAAACUAGAGAGCUUUAGGUAUUAAAAGGAGCAGGAAUGUGAACUACACCGAAUGAUCUUCAAGAUGGCUGUUUCGGCUCAAAAUCCUACACAAAUGUUGAACACUCUAGCCCUAAGCUGUUGUCAGGGCCCUAUCCGCUAACAUGCCGGGGCACUCUCGCCGACCACGGGCCCUCCACGGGUUCGUCUCAUUCUCGCAAAGGGUUCACAAGGUGUACCCGAUAGCCGGGGGCUCAUAUGUCGACCGGCCGAAAUGCUGUCAGUUGCUCAGGGACACCUCACAUUGGUCUCGGUUAACCAACCGACACACCUGCCAUAUCCUCAUAGGCCCUUCGACUCGGUCUAGGGCCGUUCCAAUUUCCUGUUACUUGCGGAGGGUCCUCCGCUCUCGUCGGGGCCACGUCUGGUAACCUAUCCGGGCACAUUCGAUCGUUCGGGUGUCCUCCGCAAUGGGUUUUGUGGCACUUUGAAUAUCCCUGGAACGCCUUACGCUGUUGUCGGGGGCCCUAUCUGUUAAACUGCUUGGGCAUACGUGACCAUUCGUGGCCAUACACAUUGCGUAUGGGGUACGUUCUGUUUGAAUGUAGGGCACUUCGCUCUUGUCGGUGGCCUCGAUUCAAAUAAAAAGUACCCAAGUGGGCGUAAAAUGACCACGGCCGUCGACGUGCCUUGAAGUCCAAAUAACAACAACAGCUCUUGUCGGGGGACCCAUCUACUACCUGUUCGGGCGCACCCGAUCAAGGGCGAUCUCUCGCCUUUCAAUAACAUGCCCAGUGUCUGUCACGUCAGAUCAAUGGCCAAAAGAUCACCGGUGGAAGGGCUCGCUAUUCGAGUGUCAUUUGAAAGCUGUCCACUAGGACUUUCAAACGUGCACAAUUUUAAACUCCGUCCGAACGGAAAUUGUUUCAAGCUGUGCCGUAUUUUUCCCGGCCACAGGUUAUAUCGGCAUGUGCCUUUGCAUAUACGUAUCGAAUGCUCAUGCAAAACACGAAUAUGGUAGCAAUACUUUUUCUAAACGUAUAAAGCACCUUCCCGCCUUUCAGUAACAUGACUUCAAAUAACCUGCUUUUCCAUAGCACGUCCAUGAACGUCAUAUUAAGCAAGUAGCCAUAAUUCUGCCUGCAGAUGGGCUCCAUGAUCUGGUGUAGUCUCGUGUGUCUGCCCUGGGGCUAUCACACGCGCACGGCUUCCCUCUUCUCAUCCGAUUUUAAAUGAUUCCAAAACGAUAAUAUAUUUCGAGUCACUGGGUUCCAUUUGGCUAACGACGACGCUGCACUGUUAGGGCAACUCGACAUUAAAAGACUGAUCGUCUUUGAUCGUCAUUGAUCAAAUGACUGAUCGUCAUUUGUUUUCGAUUCUUUUCAAGGCGUUUCGGUUUGCACUGCCUUGAAUCCGAUCCUGUUUUGGUGCUUUUCCAGACCUGUCAUGUCCAGCGGGGUCAAAUCCGUUGAUCAAUGUGUAAUCCGUGCAUUUCUACAAUCCGGGAAGAGCUUUAUGACGGUGAAAGAAUAUUGCGGAGCAGCUGACAAGCAAGGUAUCCAACAGUUCAGUUAUAUACAUAGUUUUG